AUGAAGGCAACGUUAGCGACCACGACAACAUGGGCGGGGCUGGACGACAACGUGCGCGCGUGCGUGCUGCUCCACCUUGAACCCCGCGACCUCGCCAACGUGGCGCAAACGAGCCGGGCGAUGGCGAGGGAGUCCGAGGCUGAUGCCGUGUGGGCCACGCUCUUCCUGCGCCGCUUCGGGUCCGACUUUUGGGGCGAACACGUCGGCCCGCACCCCUACCACGUACCCCCCUCUACCACCCAUUCCCCCCCGCCCCCUCCUACCGUCGCGCUCUCUGCUAGUGCGCACCCCCCCUACCGUGGCGCUCUUACCACUCGCGACCGACCAACUGCGGCGCAGGAGGUGGAGGCGCCGCGCGCCAAUGCAUGGCUGGACAUGCCGGCCGUCGCCGUGUUCGAGACCUUCGUCCACUCGGUCGCCGCCGCAGAGGCGCGCCCGAGCGGCAGCGACGACGACGACGACGACGAGAGCGAGACGGCGACGCGGCGCGCGCUGCUGGCCUUUGUGCGCGGCGAGCGAGGCGCGGACAGCAGCGGGCGACAGGGCGGCGGAUGGAAGCGCGCCUACAAACGGUUCGGAGCCGCCGCCCUUUUUGUCGUGUGCGGUGCACGUGUGGCUGAUGUGAUCGGCGAUCGAUCGAGCAGGAUGGGGGAGAUGGUGCGGGCGUGGCAGACCUUCUGCGCGUGGGGCGUGCUGGUGGCGGGCGAGACGUCGUUCGCGCGCCUGUCGGCCAUCGUCGACACCAUCAAGCAGGGCAUCAGCUCCGGCAGGCUGCGGUACAUGGCGUCGUGGAGCAAGGACGACCCGCCGCUGCCGUCGGUGAUCGAGAACGUCGACGUCACGAGCCCCGCCGGCAAUGCGCGGGUGCUGCGCAUUUGCGUCCCGCCAGCCCACAAGUGGGACAAGUCCAGCUGGACCAACAUCUGCGCCGUGCGUCGGCCCAGGAAUUGGUGGAACCGGUCGGCGCAAGAAACCGGCGAGGAGGCGAAUCCGGCCAACUACGCGGACGACGACGAGGAGCCGCCAGAGUACACUGUGGCGGUCCACUUUCGUGGGCUGCAGAUCGGUAACUGGCUCAAGUGGAACGGGAAGAGGUACAUGCGACUGCACGCGAUCUACGCCAUCGACUGCGAACGCAUGGCCGACCCGGACUACCAGGAACAGGUGUUUCGCGAGCUGCACGGGUUCUUGGGCGAGGGCAAGGGCCAGUUCGAGGACGGCCUGUUCGUCAAUCUGCACCUCAUCAACGCGCCGCCCGACUUUGGUCCCGAGCGCAUUCUCGAGCGCCUCAAGAUUCCGCUCUUGGAGCGCCCAGGGCACCACUGCCCGUUUUAUGCGGGACCCGUGACGUUUGUCGUCACCUCCUUCACCAUGCCUCCCGGCGCUGCCGUCAUUGACGAGGAGGAGCCUGCUGCAGAGCUGAUCAUGCAGGGCCUGGUGUGGCUCAGCAAGCAGCCGAUGGCCGACCGACCGCAUGCCUUCGUGCGACCGGGCGACAACCUGUGGCUGUGCGCUCUCAGCGACGCCCGCGCCGAGGCGGAGCGCAAUCUGUGA